AUGGACGACACCGUGCGGAUCAACGGGGUGCUGGGCCCCGAGGCCAGCCUGCCCUUCCUGAGCUUGUCGGGCGGCACCAGUGGAGUCCAAGUGCUCAGCCCGCUGCUGGAGCAAAUCGCCGUGGGGCCCACGGACGGCACGGUGGGCGUUGUGGUGCGGAAUGCGGCUGCGACGGGGGAUGCCAAGCUGCUCCUCGACGCCAACAAUCAGGGCGGCGUGGCGGAGCUCAAGGUGCUGGCGGGCGGCAACUGCGAGCUGAACGCGCAGUUCCAGUUCAUAAGCUUCAACAACACCUCAGGGUUGGCCAACUUGGCCAUCGAGCCCAAUAUCGGGGGUAGCAACAACGGCGAGGUCAUCUUUGGGUAUGGGUUUGUCAACCUCAGCGACCGGGCGCUCAAACAGAACGCGCCUUCCGAAGAGCACUUGGUGGCCUUGCUUGACCUGUGGUCGCCACAAUGGAAAUGGUGGGGUCGACAACGAGCCAUUGGAACAGGAGCAUAUGAGCGGUACUGCACUUUAGGCCUCUAUGCUUUUGGAGGCAAUGCUCCGAACGUGUCUAGGGCUUCCUCGAUGAAAGAAGCAUGCAUAGCAGUCAACCGUUUCAUGCGACAUCGCUUUCCAAACGGAACCUGGACUUCCACAGCGGUGCUGCUCAAUCCUCGAAUCGGACUGCAUCGGGACAUGCAAAAUAUGGUUGGAGAAUUGAACCAUGCCAUCACUCUCGGAAAUUUUACGGGAGGCAGAGUUUGGAUUGAAGAUGAUGAAGGAAUUUCAAUUGAAAAAAUCAGCAAAAACGGCACAGUUCGCAAGCUCAAAGGUUUAUGGAUCGACAUUCCUGACAAACCACGCGCGACGCUCUCAUAA